AUGUAAAACUGUUGCUUAGUAUCACAAAAGGACUUUAGAUUAUUACCAUUUGUUAAGGCCAUUUAUAAGAAAUAAUAAGCAGAAAAACAUGAGCACCAACAGUUGUACCUCGAACUAACCAAUAGAUGUCUGGGAAUUUUCGCUAAUUUGUAUAGCUAGCUUCAACAGUUUUAUCUUUGA